AUGAGGGGCUGGUUUCGCGGAGCCUCCUCUAGGCCAGCAGAGGAUCCGCCCACCCAUGAGUCAGAGGAUUUUGUGAGGUCUACUAGAAUGACAGCUCAAACCUGUCCACGUCAACACCAGAGAACCACUAUGGAAAUCUCGUCUCUGGUAAGCAAUCCGUAGGGAUAUGGCGAUUUAUACAUAUUUCUAAACGAGGAUUACCUUGCAAAUGCAUGAUUAGGCCUCGUCGGCCAUUGCUUGAAUAGCAUUCAUUAUAGCCCUUUGCUGCGUAAAAUGUUGUAUUCAGUAUUUUGCGUAAUGGCCAGCCUAAGAAGUGAUUUUUUUUAGGUCUGACUGGCUGGAUCUAACAUUUUCAGGUACGAUAGGAGACAUUAGGAGGUACUGUAUUCUGCACGACUAUCGUUGUAAUCUGAAUGUAGUCUAUGCGCUAUUUGAGUGUAGUGUACUGUAAUUCCACAACCAGCAGCAACAUGUGUUGCACUUUUUCCUUGUCAAGGGGCAAUUGCUGUUAUACAAACUCGGAACAGUUGCCAAAUUCUCCAAGAGAGUGGGGCAUACUGUCUGAAAAGCUACCCCCCAUGUCACAUAUCUGAGAUUAUAACCUAAUUUCUUAUGAUUUACACUUAAAUGAUUGGCAUGAGUUGUCGUCUAUCCGUUAUACUUUUAUUAUAACUGUGACAUCAGCCUGCCCAAGCACUGAAGGGUGAACACUGAACAUAUUGUGUGCCACGUCUACGAUAUUUGGUUUCAACCGGAGGAGGUGCGUUGCGCAGCAUUUUACGCUUACCAAAAACUUGAUUCCACAGGUGGGUUUUUCAACAAAAUAUGCAUAGAAUAAUUUUACACUUUUGAACUAAACUCUAGACAGUUGAUCAUUGCACUAAGAUAAAUUAAGGUUUACGUUUCGACUUUACAAGUAUUCUUUUUUUUUUACUGUAAUUUAAACUUGGAAUAAAACAAGAAGCGCUGGACAAGGCCGCAAUUACUUUUCGUUGAUUAACCAACCUGCUGUACUUGACCCUCAGCCUCAAAAUAUCUAUAUAAACCUUUUUUUUUAACACUGAUAUCAUUUUAACUGAUGUAUUGCACUAUUUAAAUUGGUAGUGUUUUCUGUUAGUAGGCGGAGUCAUUAUAGCUGCACAGUAUAAUGUCUGGAUGUGGACUUCAUAAGUUAUGCACUCUUGAUAUUGACAUUCAGUGUGCUUAAUGCAUAAAAUAAUGUUGCACAAAGGAUCAUAGGACUGGUUACUUGACACCUGCACCUCUUUGAACUGUUAAAGGAAUUAGUUUCACUAUUGACUGUUAAUAAUAGGCACAGACAUCUGGAUGACUGGUUUGGACUUUCCUCCAGUUCAUCUCAAUUCAGGGUCUAAAGUCCUGAAUUUGAUGUUCCUGGCCCAAGUUCUGUGAUACACUUAGGCUCUGAGUCUGUGGUAGUCAGUGCAUAACAGAACUUUGGCCCGGUUCAACCAAGCCACCGUGGGAUGGAAAGAACUCAAGGACCUGGGACCAUCGACAUCUACACUCACAUGUCAGAGGAAGGCCAUAAAAAUGGUCAAAGACUCCAGCCACCCUAGUCAUAGACUGUUCUCUCUGCUACCGCACGGCAAGCGGUACCUGAGCGCCAAGUCUAGGUCCAAAAGGCUUCUUAACAGCUUCUACCCCCAAGCCAUAAGACUCCUGAACAGCUAAUCAUGUCUACCCGGGACUAUUUGCAUUGCCCCCCCACCCCAACCCCCUCUUUUACGCUGCUGCUACUCUGUUUAUUAUUUAUGCAUAGUCACUUUAACUCUACCCACAUGUACAUAUUAACUCAAUUACCUCGACUAACCGAUGCCCCCGCACAUUGACUCUGUACCGGUACCCCCUGUAUAUAGCCUCCCUACUGUUAUUUUAUUUUACUGCUGCUCUUUAAUUAUGUUUUAUGUUUUAUUUAUCUAUUUUUUACUUAACACUUUUUUUUCUUCUUUUCUUAUAAACUGCAUUGUUGGUUAAGGGCUUGUAAGUAAGCAUUUCACUGUAAGGUCUACACCUGUUGUAUUUGGUGCAUGUGGCAAAUACAAUUUGAUUUGAUUAGAUCUCUUCCUGAUAUUGUCAUAUUCCUCAUGUUUUUGAAUAACUUGACUAGAUUUAUUAUCAUCACCAAUAUCAUCGUCAUCACCAUCAUCAAUGUUCUAUUAAUAACUGUUAGGGAUGUGUUCAGUAUGCCUAGGUCCUAUGGAAAUGAAAAUGGUCCUUUAUUCUGGUCAACAUGUGGUCAUACUGUCUUUCAGCAACCCUCACUGUACACAGUGAAAGCUGUCUUCAUUUUGGACAACGAUGGCAAUAGACUUCUAUCAAAGGUAGGCUAAUAACCGUUGUCCAAUAGCGACUCACAUUGGUUAUUGUUGUGGAGUCAAGACAUUGUGAGAACUGCCCCAAAUAACUGCCUCAAAUGGGCACUGUUGUAGAUGGUGUAUUAAUCAUAACUAAUGCAUCUAAUAUCUGUCUUUGUUGUGUUUUAGUACUACGACACAGAGCUCUACCCCUCCAUGAAGGAGCAGCAGAACUUUGAAAAGAACGUUUUUAACAAGACACACAAAGCUGACAGUAAGUUUUGCCCCAUAAAAAUGUCCCAGGAGACUAUUGGAGUGGAUGGUGAGCUUGACGCCUGAUAUUAUAUUCCAUAUCAUAGUUUUAAUGAACCACUAAGAUAACAAAAAAAAGCUUCUAACAGAGCUUCUAACAAUGUGAUGAGAGAGUUGAGAAGAUGUGCACCAUCAGGGAAAUCCGUAUCAAGAGUAUCAGAAUGUAAAUCAAUGCAAAUGUGUACCAGUCUUCUUUGGCUUCACGUUAAUAGGAAACUGUGUAAAGCAUUAUUUGGUCAGGACCCGUUGUUCACACACCUUUUGUGUAUCCUCCACCAUAGAAAACCAAGAGACAGUGUUAGCUGUAUAGCAUUAGCCUGCGGCUCAACCCUCAUUGGUUAGUUUGUCUAAAACAUGAGAAACAGUAUUGGUUCCUCUGGGUUCUUCUGUCCUCCAAGAUCACGUUACAGUGAACAAAAGGGGAGGGAACCAGUUCAGCGACAGACCGCUCUCACGCUCUUUUGUUCCAAUGAAAUUCACAGCAGUCAUCCGACACCCCGGGUCCACCUGCCCCUAAGGAGGAUGCCCACUCUCUAUCUCUGUAUCCCUUCGUCCUCUCCAUCCCUUCUUCCCCACACACAUAGGAGUUUAGCAUUUUAUAUGACAACACUCACAUUUAAAUUGGAAGCCUCCAUUAUUGGAGACACCCAAGUGAGAGGUUUUAUGGAUAUGUCCGUAUAUGUGAAUAAGGAGUGAAUGUGCUUUAAUGUUGCAAUAAAGAUCACUUGGUGGCUUGAAAUCUCAGCGUCUUUCUCUCUCUCUCUCUCUCUCUCUCUCUCUCUCUCUCAUUCUCUCUCUAAGCAGAUGAGAUUGCCUUCGUGGAGGGGAUGACGAUCGUGUAUAAGUGCAGCAUUGACCUGUUCUUCUACGUGGCGGGCAGUGCACAGGAGAAUGAGGUAGUUAAUGUGCUUCAGAUGCAGAAGGAGUACAAGGCUAGACUGGUGCUUCAAAGACUAUACAUUAUGGCCCGAAUCCUGACUUGAGAUCCGCAGUCUGCAUGCAACUCAAGUUUUUGCACAAGUCUUCCAUUGACAUCAACGCAUAAUUCACACAAGUCUGAGUUAAGCCCUCACAUAUCAAUUUAGGAUUCAGAUCUCAGAAAGCAACAUGUAAUUUGCAGUAGCGGUGCAUGGGUAAAAUCACUGGGGAAACCAAGCCCCUCCCCCUCCUAUUACAACCUAUGUGUUAUGAUAAUUGUGUUGUUUGCUCUGUAACCUGUUAAUUCAUAUGCCUUGCGACCGUGAUAUAUAGGCCUAAAGGCAGAGACAAUUCAACCACACCUUUGUUUUAUCACACAACCGGAGAGCAACCUCUGUCCGGUGAAGUCCACAAAGUGCUCCCUCCACUAUUCCAGCACCAUUUCAACUUCAACAAUUCAACCUCAUCAAAUUACAUUUGAGUCAUUUAGCAGACGCUCUUAUCCAGAGCGACUUACAAUUAGUGAGUGCAUAAAUUUUUCAUACUGGCCCCUCGUGGGAAUCGAACCCACAACCCUUGUGUUGCAAGCGCCAUGGUCUACAAACUGAGCUACAGGAGGGCCAAUAUCCUCUGCUUAGUCUAAUACAGUGACAACUAAAAGAUACCAAAAACAAUUUAGUCCAAUCAACAUAAGCUAAAUAUUAUGUGGCUGUCCAUGGUUCUGAUUUCUUUGUGUGCGUGCGUGUUCGUGCAAGUAGAAAAACAUGUUGACUACUUGUAGAGAAACGUCAAUGCCAUCCUCCUCUCUUUCAUGUUGACAAAACGGUCUAUCACUCUAUAAUACAGUACACGCUUUUAUUUUUUGUUGUCCUAGGCUAUCUGGCUAAAAUGCUUGCUCGCUAGCCUAACUGCCAUUCAUGGGCAACGUUAGCUAGUUAACAUUAGCCUUCUACAUCUAGCUACAUAUUGAACUUCCAUCCUCUCAGGCCAGGGGCACAACAAUGUAUGAAUUAAUGGUUGGAUCAGAAUCGCCGUUAUAAUCAUUGGCCUGUACGGAGAAUUAAGUACAACCACAAGUCCAAAUCCCUAUUUCCAUCCAUGGCUAAUUUAGGAAAGGACCAGUUUUAGCUAGUUGGCUAAAUUCAAGUUGUUUCUGUCAAUGACGUAUGCGCUCGAUAUGAUUUGAUAGGAGUGACGCCAAAUUCCAAGUUGGCUUCCUUUGACACUUUUUUUGUUGCGCCAGGACCAUUCACAGUUGAGCUCGCUCAGUUUAUCUCAACGCUGAUUGGCUAAUUUGUUAUACUUUUUUUAUCAAGGGAGGCCAAAUGCUGGCUGGCUUCCUUUGCAUUCAAUGCUACGUGCGGCAACAAUUUCAUACUCGUUUGGACCAGACAGCAUCAGAUGGAUGGCCUACACGUAGAGGGACAGAGGGGCACUGUUUUGCUCGCUCGGAUGCUUUCUUCUGUGAGAUACAUUCAGCCUCUUGCGAAUUGAAGGAAAAUUAUAAAACACAGCGAGACAAAAGCUAAAUUAUUGUAUGUUGAAAAAAAUAAUAUAUAUUGGUUCAUUUUUUGGGGAAGCCUGGCUUCCCUUGGCAGCCAUGAAUACACGCCACAUUUGUUGGGAUGACGUCAUCAUUGGAGACUCUAUAUAUAGCAAAUGCCCAUGAGAAUAAAUGGUUGAUAAUUUGCUUAUCUUCAGCGCUUCUUGUUGCUGUGUACGUUGCAAGUGAAAGACAAGUCCCUUUAUGGCAUAUUGGCAUUCAUAAACAACCAGCAGAGUGAUUCAACCACACCUGACUUUUCGCUCUCUCUCUCUCUUUGUCCCUUUCUCUUUCUCUGUUUACUUCUCUUGGCUUCCAUCUAUACCCCUCAAUUCUCUUAUUUUCCUUUCAUCCUCCCCUCCUCCACUGCCCUGCUCUCUCUUCCUAUAGCUUAUGCUCAUGGCUGUACUGAACUGUCUGUUUGAGUCCCUCAGUCAAAUCCUAAGGUAAGUGUACAAGUGUUGUCUAUGUUGAAGUAACCUCACUUUUAAAAUGGUCGGUCAACCUUUAGGGGCUAACAAUUGUAGAAACAUCGAGGAGAAAAACAUAACAAUGUCAACAUCAAUGCAAGAAACGAUUAUUUGAAAAAGUAUUGUAAAUAAUUAGUGAAAAUAUCACUCUAGUAAAUAUGGAGAAAAUUAGACAUAAGUUAAUUUCAGAUUUGAGUAGCUCUGGUGUUUCCUUCAUGCAUUCAAGACAUGGUGAACAGUAUCAGUUGAAACCAGCAGUAAGUUAGUGAUUCGUUUAUUUUGGGUUAUAUUAUGAUGGGAUGACAGUGACACACCCGUAGCCCUCUCAGUGAAGUGGAACAGCUUGACAGGGGCUGGUGCCGUUACCAUAGAAACCAAUGCAGCAGCAAUGCAGGGAGGGAGAGAGAGUGAAUGGAUCUAUUUGCUCCCUCUCUGCCCUCCUUUAAUGCAGUUUUCUAUUUUUUAAAUGCCAACUGUUCUGUAUCAUUUCAAACCUUGACAACUGGUACUACAGGAAGUUUAUUUAAGUCAGUGUUUGAAAUGUACAGAAUAGCCUAAGGUGAUAUGAGCAGGAGUGCACCAUACAUUUCUGAUCACAAGGCAACAAUAUGAGACCCAAUCACAGAUUUCAUCCCUGUUGGCUCAACAUACUGAAUACAAUUCAAGUCAGUCAAUCAAGUUUUCUUACUUACAGGAAAAAUGUGGAGAGAAGGUGUCUACUGGACAACAUGGACGGAGUCUUCUUAGUAGUGGACGAAAUUAUCGACGGGGGGUAACGUAUAGACUGCAUUUGGAUUACUGUUACAGUGCUAUUUGGGUUGAUAAUUGGAUUCGUACUGACAUUUCUGGAUUUGAAACAUUUGUGGAUUAUUUGUGUCCUUGUUUGACACUGCAUUGUUAGGAACUAGGAACAUAAGAAUGUCACUGCACAGUGAACAGCUACCUCCUCUGUAGCUCAGCUGGUAGAGCACGGCGCUUGUAACGCCAUGGUAGUGGGUUCGAUCCCCGGGACCACCCAUACUUAAAAAUGUAUGCACACAUGACUGUAAAUCGCUUUGGAUAAAAGCGUCUGCUAAAUGGCAUAUUAUUUAUUAUUUACUGCACCUGCUAUAGCAUCUGCUAAACUGUGUGCGUGACUAAUAAACUUUUAUUUGAGGUAUCAUUCAGGGGAUGGUGGGAGUUACUGGUACAAUAUCUUGUUGCGUUCUCUGAGUGACUGACCCUACCGUUGUGUUACCAGGGUGAUCUUGGAGAGUGACCCCCAACAGGUCAUCCAGAAGGUCAAUUACAGGGUAAGACAGCUACAGUCACUGACUGUGUCUACUGUAUGGAUUAAUACAUGGAUUCUGAUAUGGGUACAAUACUUGAAGAUACAGAUGACUAAAGGAAAUUGUGUAGGGAUUGUGUUUAGUGGAUUGUUGUGGACUCUGAUAACCUGUAUGAACCCAUUUUAUGUCACGUUGAACAACCCCCCCCCCCCCCAACAUUCCCUCAACACCCAUGUCCAUCUUCCUCUUACAUGUGUCCUCUCUCUCCCCACCCCCACCCAUCUACUCACACUGUCAGCUGGGUGGUUCAGAGCAAGCCUACAGCUUCGACCUCUUUGAUUACAUCGUUGGUAACAUUGAUGGACAGACGGACAGAAGCCAGUGUGCAUAGCAACAGACUGCCCCUACAACCAGAGAGGGAGAGGGAGGGAUAGAGGGUGAGGAAGGGAGUGUGAGAGAGAGAGAGGGAGGGAGGGGGAGAUCCAGUGCAGGUAACUGCAUGGUGAGAGAGCAUGCCGCAUUAGGUUCUGAUAUCCUCCAGGAAACCACCUCACAACGUUGGAACAACCGUCCACUAAGUCUGUGUCCUGCUGUGAUUUGUCAGUGGUUAGCCUGAGGUUGCCAAGAGUGUUUCAAUUAGUCCAUAUGGGGUUCCAGGAAAUACCAUGGGUGUUGGUACACCUUAAGAGCAGCAGGGCCCUUUGUAGUACUCCCUUGCACAAUGCAUACCAUGUGUGAGGCAGCCAUAUUAAUUGGAUUGCGGUGGUCACUGACACAUUCACCAGUGUCAGAGUGCAUUUACAUUAGCAAUGCAAGGCAUCAAAUGACUGUUUUUAGGGCAUUAUGUUAUCGUACAGUUGUUGCUUGCUUUAUGUGUUUGACUCUUUACACACAUAUAGCCCCUAAUGGUGUUUGUGUUGUGUGUGUGUGUGUGUGUGUGUGUGUGUGUGUGUGUUUGACUGCUAUGACGUCAUGUCCCUUCUUUCUUUUACUGUUUCUAUUCCAGGCGGAUGAGAACCCACUGUCAGAGCAGAGCGUGGCACAGGUGAGGUCACACACACGCACACACACGCGCACACACACACACAAAGCAGUGUCACCCUGCAUGCAUAGCGUGAUAAUAUUUUCUAUUUAUAGAGCUUUAGCCAUUAAUUUCAGUUUAUACCUGAUGACAUAACCUUCUAUUGUACUGUCAUAUACGUUCAUUGCAUAUAAACUAUAACAUGAUUCUUAUCAGGGUUGGGGUCAGCGCCAUUUUAAUUCUAGUCAAUUCAGGAAGUACACCGAAAUUCCAAUUAUCUUCAAUGCUUUGGAAUUGGAAUUUGGUUUACUUUCUGAAUUGACUGGAAUUUAAAUAGAAUUGACCCAAACACUGAUUCUUAUCUUUCCAGUUACCCUUUUUCAUAAUUUCUAUACUAAAUGUACUGUAGAAUAAAGCCACAGUACACAAUACAUUAAUAAUUGUCUCCCAGUAUUGUUCAAUUCGAAAUUGAUCAAAUAUUACUACUCAUAAUACCUGAUUGUUUGAAGGUUGAUCUAAAUGAUAUGGUCCAGUUAUAUGACAUGUUAUCAAUACUACAAUAGGAUUUCCAUUUGACUAAAGUCACUGCAUUCAUACAUAGAUUCAUCCGUUUGAAUAAUGUAUUCUUUAUGAGUGCCAAACACACUGCAUUCAUACAGAAUGCUUUCAAUAUAAUUUAGGAGAUUUGCCAGCUUUGCCAGCAUGUACUAACCUGCAUCUGGAUUUGAUGACCUGCAUAGUAAAUGAUGGAAUGGCUCACAUUGCAUGAUCAACAUCGCUGCUGAAUUGCUCUUUCCUUCAUGCAAUGUUCUGCCUGUUACUUCCUCUUUCCUUCUUCUCCUAACCCUCUGCUCUAACCCUCACAGCACAUUACGGACAAAUUGGCUAUGACCUCCAAUGUAAGUCCUCUCGCUCCUCACCCUCCAACAUGGGACAUUUUGAGUAUCCUGGGGCUUGUUCAGAAGACCAGAAUGUUGCAGAUAGUUAUGAAGUGUAUAGAAUGGACACAUCAUGACUGUUCUAUACUGGUCAUCUCUAUGUGUGACUUUCAGACUGCCCUGUACUCCUGAUUCAGACCCUGCUUUCAGGGAAGGGUUCAUAUCCAAAGCUAUUCAUUAACCAUUUGCCUUGUGGUAGUUUCUCUCCCAUGUUGGAACCAAACGUUCAAUGACAAUAACUUUCUAUCCUCUAAUAGACAUGGAAUUGUCAUGGUGCCUAUAUAUAAACACUAGACCUAGACAAUAAACCUAAAACACUAAACGCUAACACUAAACUAAACAGUAAACUACUAGACGUAGACACUAAACACUAGACACAAGUUCAUAAUCUUAGCUGGGUUCCUUGCGCCCCCUGGUGCAUAGUUUUAUGCUAUGCAUCUCUGUUUCCCACGGGGGACCAGUAUGAAAAAUGUAUGCACUCACUAAUUGUAAGUCGCUCUGGAUAAGAGCGUAUGCUAAAAGACUAAAAUGUAAAAAAUUGUUUCAACAGCCCAAAAAAUGCAGUUGUUUCUCUUGUGGAAUGUCAUUUUAGCAGGAAGAGUGACAUUUAUAAAUCACUGAGGCACACAGGUCAAUACUGAUGUUGAAUAUAAUUAAAGUGUGUUUCUAAGCAAGAUGAAAAUGCAUUUAAGCCUGCUCAGAGAAGCUGACUGUGACUUUUUUUGUGUCUACUACACAAAAUACACUUACACAUUUUAAGGAGCUCAUAUUUCAUGUAAAAUAUGAACGUGUGAGGAGUUCCAUUCAAAUUCACAUGAAUACAAUAGUGACACCUACUGGUUGAAGUGUGUCACAAUUAACUAUAAAUAUAACAUACUACUACAGUAUACUAUAAUCGGCUACUAUUAAUGAUCUGUGAUAAUGUUGUUUCCCACACUCAAUCUGAAAAGGUGUUCUUUCUGUUGUUUUUGUUUUUUCAGAUAAUGCAGUCUGCCAAGGAACAAAUAAAGUGGUCGAUACUCAAAUGAUCCACACCUGCCUGUUCAAAGGUCAAAUGUCUUACAGUAGAAUGGACAGUACGAAUUAAUGUGUACAUAUUAAGUGGUGUAUUUAGCGUUUUAUGCUUAAAUAGGCUAUAUUUAUGGUAAUUAGUGGCAAAUACGGGCGUUUUUCCUACGAAGGCAAACUGACAUUUGUAUGUAUUAUAAUGGAAAUAAUCUGUUUAAUUUAUUUGAUUUGCAAUAAAAAUCGGAAGAUAUUAUGCUAGAUUAUAGCAUAUGAUUUUGUUAAUUUCCCUUAACCCACAAAAGUACUCUGUAAAGAAAUGUUUGAACCAAACCAAAAAAACUGAAUUUUGUUGUAAUGUGUGCAGUCCUACACAACUAUGGAAACACUGUUGCUUAGGCUUCAAAGAGGGAAAUUAAUGCCAUUAAUUAUGAAGUUAUGUUACAGUGAACUUUAAAUAUGAAGAUUUCUUAGUUUAACAGAAAAAGGCAAUAGCCUGUGUAGUGUUACAGUAGUCCUGUUUGUAGUUGAAAGUCAGGUUACCCCAUGUUAAUUUAUAUUUUAGAAUUAUAUAAUGUGUGUUCAUAAUAAAACGAAGUUGGCAUAGGUAGGUAGACCUGUGUUUUUUCUAAAGCACUGAGAACACCAUUAGGACCAUAAGAAUAAAAUAUAUUUUGUUACUUGCCUAUGAUGGACAAAUAAACUAUUUGAAUAUUUCCUAAUUUAAACGCCAAAGACUGAGAUUAAUAAUAUUUGACGAUAGAUAAUAUUUUGUUUAUAUAUUAUCAAGUAGGCUAAUCAUUGUUCGUUUUAUUGAUUUCUAUUGGCAGAUUUUUUUCUAAUUUUAGUCUGCCUGUUGUCAAGCUAAUUAAAAUAUAUAUUUUUGUAUUUUGUG